AUGGAGAGUCCCUCAGAACCUCAGCACAGGGCAGUCAGCCCCUGGAGGGGGCUCCUGCUUACAGCCUCCAUCCUCAGCUGCUGGAUCCAACCGACGUCUGCUCAAAUCUCUGUUGUGUCAAACCCUCUCUAUGGGGAAGUGAACCGCAAUGUCACCUUGGAUAUCCAGGACUACUCAGGCCGGGCUGUCUCCUAUACUUGGUUCAGAAAAACAAUAACAGAUCCCAACGAGAUCGCUGUCUACACAGUUGAAAAUAGAGAGCAGGAUCCUGGAGAUAUCUGGAAGAAGGUGUUCCCCAAUGGCUCCCUGCUGAUCCCUGACCUCACCCUCAGUGAUUCUGAUGACUACAUUGUAGUCAUUGUUAAUUCUAAAUGCUCCAUAGUUGCACAAGGACAUUUAGCAGUGUAUGAAAGAACAAGCAAACCUAACCUCACGGCCAACAGAACCAACAUCAUAGAGAAUGGCACUUUGGCCUUCACAUGUGUCACAGAACAGGCAGGAAUGGACAUUCUGUGGUUCUUCGAUGAAAAGCCCCUGAUUCUCAAUGAAAAGAUGAAGCUGUCCGUGAAUAACCAGAUCCUCACCAUCCUGUCUGUGAAGAGGGAGGAUGCUAGGUUCUAUCAAUGUGAAAUCCGGAAUCCAAUCAGUUCCAGCAGAAGUGACCUCAUUCCCCUGACUGUGAACUGUGAGUGA